AUGCGAGAGAUUUGGCAAAAGGCCGACAUGGAGCCGAUCGUCUUCGUUUGCAGCGAUUGCGAGCACAGAGAUGCGAGAAUUUGCGAGCUCGGCCUGACAAUACGGGAGAAGGAAGAGGAGCCUAUUUGCCAGAACAUAGUUGUCAACACUAACUUCCGCAACAAAGAAUACCCCAGGCCUUUCGGGUUCGGCAUUUCCGAACACGUAAUCAAGUCUGCCGAUCUAUAUCCCAUUCUCCACGACGUCUGCAAUGAAGCGCAGUCGAAGGGACAUAAAUUGUUGCUAGUGGGCUUUGACGUGAGCAACGACCUCAAGUACCUCGACAACGAUGCUGGCUGGCGAACUCCGAAGGAGACAGUUGUUCUAGAUGUCCAGGAUAUCUGCAAGACUUUUCUAUUGAAGAACAAGGGCGUCAAAUUGGAAGACGGUCUCCGAAAUCUCAACAUCAAGAUCGACCAAGGAGUACCGCUUCACAUCGGAGGAAACGAUUCCUGGUACAUUAUGAGGCUUCUAUUUGACAUGGCACGACGGGACUCGAGCCCGAAGGCCGUGGCAGACGCGAACUUAUCAUCAGAUACAUUUUCCAAGAAGAGAAGGAGCAGCAACCACGACGCGCAGCAAGAUUCCACGGAGGGUGAUGUUCGGGAUCUCAAGCGCGUGAAGAUCAGCGGAGGUCUGGGUCAGGUUGAUUCGGCCAACAAUAGUCUCACCCAGGACACCGCAGAGCGGAUGAAGCAGCUGAAGGAACGCCUCGUAAGGGCUCGUGAAAUGAGGAUAGAUCCCCCUGGCGGCGCAUGA